CGGGGCCCGGCGGCGGCUCGGCGCCCUCCGCUCCCCCAGGAUGCACCAGCAGAACAUUGCCCAGGUCUGCUGGGAGUGACCCGUGGGUAACACUGUCCUGGAGACACCGGCUUCAAGGGUGGUAACGUAACAGAGAAGUGGAGAGAGCUGAGCCUGGGCUGAACACACCAUGGGAGCAAACACCUCCAGCAAGUCACCACCCUUCGAUGAAAACGAAGAUGUCACCUUCGACCAUUUUGAAAUUUUGCGAGCUAUUGGGAAGGGCAGCUUCGGAAAAGUCUGUGUUGUGCAAAAGAACGACACCAAGAAGAUGUAUGCCAUGAAAUACAUGAAUAAACAAAAGUGCGUGGAGCGUAAUGAAGUGAGAAAUGUUUUCAAGGAGCUGCAGAUUAUGCAGGGCCUGGAGCACCCCUUCUUAGUGAAUUUAUGGUACUCAUUCCAGGAUGAAGAAGAUAUGUUUAUGGUUGUAGACCUGCUGCUUGGAGGGGACCUGCGUUACCAUCUCCAGCAAAACGUGCGGUUCCAAGAAGGCACCGUGAAACUCUUCAUCUGUGAGCUGGUGCUGGCUCUCGACUAUCUCCAGAGCCGGCACAUCAUCCACAGAGACAUCAAGCCUGAUAAUAUUUUACUGGAUGAGCAUGGACACGUGCACAUCACCGAUUUCAAUAUUGCCACAAUGCUGACUAAAGAAAUACAAGUCACCACCAUUGCUGGCACAAAGCCAUAUAUGGCACCUGAAAUGUUUAACUCCACAAAACCUACCGGCUAUUCCUUCGCUGUGGACUGGUGGUCAUUGGGAAUCACUGCCUACGAGCUACUCAGGACCCGGAGGCCAUAUCAUAUUCGCUCCAACACUUCCACAAAUGAAAUCGCUCAUGUGUUCAAGACGGCUACAGUGAUGUACCCUGCUGCUUGGUCCACAGACAUGGUGUCGCUAAUCAAAAAGUUGCUUGAGCUGAACCCCGAGAAGCGUUUUUCUCAGCUGAAAGAUAUCCAGAACUUUCCAUAUCUGUCAGAUGUGAACUGGGAUGCCAUUCUCCAGAAAAGGAUAAUGCCAGAAUUCAUUCCCACAAAAGGCAGGCUAAACUGUGACCCAACCUUUGAACUGGAAGAAAUGAUCCUAGAAUCCAAACCUCUUCACAAGAAAAAAAAACGCUUGGCUAAGAAGGAGAAAGACACCAGCAAAAGCAAUUCUUCCCAGGCCUGCCAUCUUCAAAAGCACCUAGAGAUGCUCCAGAGGGACUUCAUUGUUUUCAACAGAGAAAAGGUGAGACACCACCACAACGACAUCCAGACAAUAACACUGGCAAAAAGCAGAGGUGCGUACAAGGAGGACAAUCAAAACAACAACCUCUGAGAGCAGCACAGCCCCUUCUGGAGCUUUCCUUGUGGGGUCGGUGCACACCCACCCGCACACCUUCACAGUGCUGGACCAUCGGACUUGUCCACUGCUGCCAGGACGCUGCCAGGACACUGCCGAUCGCGCAGGGAGGCUGGGCAGGAACUGGGGCACCCACUCCCUCUGCCUUCCACUCCAGAGCCGGCGGAUCCUGGGCGUGGGGUGGGGGGGAGGCUGUGGGUGCUGCCUCUGCAAUUUGCCACAGUCAGUUAGACUCAAAUCCUAUCAUUUUGCCUUUCUUGGUGGCAGGAAUGUGACUGUGUGAAAAUGGAUGAGACACUCAGUAUUGACCCUUUCAGCUUGGCUAGCCAGCAUCAGAGCCCUUGGUGCUGCCUGCCAGGCGACUGCCAGCAGCGUAACUGAAGGGCUGAGCGUGCAUUGUUUGUAGAGGUGUCAUUGCUAGUAUCAGUCUUGGUGGUGGGUCCGCUACAGCACUGUGGGUCCAGGCUCUGUGGAGGUCGGGACUCCUGCAGGUGCUCACAGCUGAUGGCUCCAGCUGGAAGAGCCUGCUCUCAGCUGCAGGGUCUCCACCAGUGCAUAGAGACAAAGGUGGCCUUUGCUUACAGAUGCUUCCUGCAAACAUCCCGUGAGUAUGGGCAGGGAGGGCUGGAAGUGGCGAUGAUCUCCUUCCUUAGCUGGGAGGAGGCAGCAAAGGUUUCCUCCUCUCUCGGUGCUGGUUCCUGUACCUGUUCUCGCAUGCAGACAGAUGUGGAAAUGAAGAAGUAACAACCAGGUGCUGGUGAAUAACCGGCAUCCAGAUGCUUUUCCAGGCCAGCCUGAAAAACCCAUUCACCAUCACAUUAAACUGCUGCAGCUCACUGAA